AUGGCACGUGAUAGAAGUCCGGAGCGCCGUCGAUCACGCUCAAGAGAUAGACGUGACAGAGAUCGCCACGAUGAUCGAGAAUCUCAUCGGGAUAAAGCUAAACGCCGUGACCGGUCCAGGAGUCCACGAAAAGAACGAGACAGAUCACGAAGCCCUCCAAGAAAGGAUAGAGAUCGUUCAAGAAGCCCCCGUAAAGAUAAAGAUCACUCUAAAAGUCCAUCGCGAAAAGAUCGCGGUCGAUCCAGAAGCCCAAAGAAACGCGACGCAAAAGAGAAACUUGAAAAGGAAAAACGUAGUGAUGAUAAAGAUAAGUAUAAAAGUAAAAAGGAAGAUGACAAAAAAGAAAGUGAUGAAAAGCAAGAAGAAAAAGAAGAAGAACAAAAACCUAUAAAGAAGGAGCCUUUGUCGUUGGAAGAACUUCUUGCAAAAAAAAAAGCAGAGGAAGAAGCGAGAAGUAAACCCGUAUUCUUAACGAAAGAGCAGAGAGCUGCUUUGGCUCUAGAGCGAAGACGUGAACAAGUGGAAGCCAUGAAAGCUAAUGCUAUUGAGAGGCCUGCCAUAGCUACUAUCGAUUUAACAGGAUCAUCUAAGAGAGACGACGAUAGGAGAUACAGAGAAGAAAGAGAAAAGGAGCGUGAAAGGGAAAGGGAACGCAAAUAUGAAGAGAGAAAGAAUGCUUCGGAUAGAAGAGAUGAUAAGAAGGAGAAAAAUGAAGAAUUAAAAAAUAAAGACAAAGAAAGAGAAGAAGAAGCCAUUAAAGCUCGCUAUCUAGGAAUUAUUAAGAAAAAACGCAGAGUAAGAAGGUUAAAUGACAGAAAAUUUGUUUUUGACUGGGAUGCAUCUGAAGAUACAUCCAAUGAUUAUAAUGCAUUAUAUAAAGAAAGACAUCAAGUGCAAUUCUUUGGUCGUGGGCAUAUUGCUGGUAUAGACAUUAAAGCACAGAAGAAAGACCAUAGCAAAUUUUAUGGGAACCUAUUAGAAAAGCGUAGAACUGAAUUAGAGAAGGAACAGGAAAAGAUGAGGUUGAAGAAAGUUAAGAAGAAAGAAGACAAACAGAAAUGGGAUGACAGGCACUGGUCUGAAAAGGACCAUGAAGAAAUGACUGAGAGAGACUGGCGUAUUUUCAGAGAAGAUUAUAACAUAACCAUUAAAGGUGGGAAAAUACCUAAUCCAAUAAGAUCCUGGAAGGAAGCUGGCUUCCAUCAGGACAUAAUGGAAAUAAUAAACAAAGUAGGCUAUAAAAGUCCUACACCGAUUCAAAGACAAGCAAUUCCCAUUGGUUUACAGAAUCGUGACAUUAUAGGCGUAGCUGAAACUGGGUCAGGAAAAACUCUUGCUUUCCUCAUUCCAUUACUGACUUGGAUACAAUCAUUGCCAAAGAAUGAGCGCUUAGAGGAUGCAGAUCAAGGCCCUUAUGCUAUUAUACUGGCACCAACCCGUGAAUUGGCACAACAGAUUGAAGAAGAGACAAAUAAAUUUGGUAUACCUCUAGGCAUUACGUCCGUGGUUGUGGUUGGUGGUUUAUCCAGGGAGGAACAAGGAUUUAAACUUAGAUUGGGUUGUGAAAUAGUUAUCGCCACACCGGGUCGUUUAAUAGACGUUUUAGAAAACAGGUACUUGGUGUUAAACCGUUGUACUUAUGUUGUCCUUGACGAAGCCGAUCGUAUGAUUGACAUGGGUUUUGAACCGGAUGUACAAAAGAUCUUGGAAUAUAUGCCUGUAUCUAAUAUAAAGCCUGAUACAGACGCUGCUGAAGAUGCAGCAGUGCUGCUUGCAAAUUACAAUACUAAGAAAAAGUACAGACAAACUGUCAUGUUUACAGCAACCAUGCCUCCAGCAGUAGAACGUUUAGCAAGAAGUUACCUGAGAAGACCGGCAAUAGUUUAUAUUGGUUCAGUAGGCAAACCAGUUGAUAGAACUGAACAAGUUGUGUACAUGAUUGGCGAGAGCGAGAAACGUAGAAAACUGACAGAGAUACUGCAGCGUGGGGUUGAACCUCCUAUCAUUAUAUUCGUCAACCAGAAGAAAGGGGCAGAUGUGCUGGCAAAAGGUCUGGAGAAGCUUGGCUUUAAUGCAUGCACUCUUCACGGUGGCAAGGGACAGGAGCAGCGUGAUUUUGCAUUGGCCAGCCUCAAGAAUGGUUCCAAGGACAUUUUGGUGGCUACCGAUGUCGCCGGUCGUGGUAUUGAUAUUAAGGAUGUCAGUAUCGUUAUUAACUACGACAUGGCAAAGUCUAUCGAAGACUAUACACAUCGUAUCGGUCGUACAGGUCGAGCAGGAAAAACUGGUAAAGCAAUCUCUUUUGUCACUAAGGAAGACUCAGCUGUGUUCUAUGAUCUUAAACAGGUACUGCUCAGUAGUUCUGUUUCCACAUGUCCUCCCGAACUUAUGAAUCAUCCAGAGGCUCAACACAAACCAGGAACUGUUGUCACGAAGAACGAAGAGAAGAAA